AUGUUCAGUGACAAAAUCCACACUGGUUUGCUGGUGGUCAGUUACGCCAUCUACCUACUCUUUGGUGCGAUCGUAUUCCGGGCUCUGGAGAAGAAUGCGGAGCUAGAACAGAAAAGGGCAGUAAUCCAAAUGAAGGAGGCAUUCCUGCAGAACUUCGCCCACCUCACUGUGGCAGAUGUUGAGCGGUUUGUGAAGAACCUGACUGCCGCAGUGCAGAGAGGAGUAUAUCCAAUAGGAAAUGAAUCACAGACUGAGGUCAGCAACUGGGAUUUGAGUAACUCCUUCUUCUUUGUGGGCGCAAUGGUAUCCACAAUAGGCUAUGGCACCCAGUGUCCUAAAACGGUUGCUGGCCAGAUCUUCUGUGUCUUUUUUGCUUCAUUUGGAAUUCCUUUGACUAUUGUUUUCCUGCACCGGGUCAGUAAGAUGCUUUCUCUGCUGUGUGAAAGGCUUGGGAGAUGUCUGUAUGAGAGGGGAAUGAAAAAGAAGAAGAUCAAGUUUCUGACCCUUCUCUUCUUCCUGGUGAUGGGCAUUCUAGUGUUCCUGGGUCUGCCAUCAGUUGUCUUCCAGGUGGUGGAGGGCUGGUCCUACAGUGAAGGAUUUUAUUUUGCAUUUAUCACCCUGAGCACUAUUGGCUUUGGAGAUUACGUAGUAGGUAAACAGCCUGACGGGAAUUAUCCUUCCUAUUACCGAUCUUUGGCGGCCAUUUGGAUUAUCUUUGGCCUGGCCUGGAUUGCUCUUCUGUUUAAUUUAUUGACAAAGUUAUUGGAAGACACUGAAAAAAAAAUUGCCCAGGAUCUUCACAAAAGGGGAAAGACAAUGAGGAAAACUAGAAAAGAUAUCAGCCCGCUGGAUUUAUUGCUGCAGAAGAACCAUCAUUACAGGGUUCUGGAGGAGAUGCACAGAAGACAGUGUCUCUAGCAGCACA